AUGCUCCUCAGCACACUCCUAUCAUUCGCAACACUCGCCCUCUCAGUGGUGGGCGUUCCCCACGAACGCCGCGGUGUCGGCGGGCUCGACGCGGGCGCCUUCGCCGGCGACGGCGCAGGCAGCCGCCGCAUCACGGCCCUCCAGUAUCUACUCCUCGACCACCAGGCCGUCGGCGUCGACGGCAUCUGGGGUCCUGAGACUUCGGACGCUGUCCAGUCGUUCCAAAGCAAGAGCGGGCUCGAAGCCGACUCUAUCCCCGGCCCCGCUACGCUCGGCGCCCUUGCUAGCGUUGUUCAACAGGGCUCCAAGGGCAACGCCCCAGCAGGGGAUCGACGCGGACGGCAUCGUGGGAAGGGUUACGUGGAGUAG